AUGUCGAGCUCAUCAUCAGCACCCUCCCACGUCUUGUCACCAACCUCUACUUCAGGCUCGAUGUCUUCUUCUCAGAGCCGAUCAGUUUUCCGAAGGUUGUCGAAUUUCUCCAACGCUUCCUCCUACUCGCGAGCCAGCUGGUGCUCUACAACCGAAUCCGAAGUUUCGAUCUCAUCGACACAGCAAGGCCACAUCUCGCAUCACCAAGACUCGCUCGACAAGCUGGUGCUGGCCAACAUGGCGACCAACGCCAUCUUCGGUUCCACCUCGCCGCGAAAGAACAGGUCGAGCGGUAUGCGCUCUUCAACAGACUCGGCGCGCUCGUGGGCGUCGUCCAGCUCAUCGGUGCGCUCGCCUCGCACUCCUAGCACUCCGCUCUUCUCGCACCCUGAGCGCGAUGUGACGCAGACACCCAAGCUGACGACCGUCGCUCUGCCGUGCGUUGCGGAUGUGCCCAGGCUCAAGAAGCCGCAUCUUUCGAGGAUCGUAUCGGAAGAAGUGCAGUACAUCGGCCGAUCGCUCGAUGUGCCAGUCUCGGAGGAGGGACACGAGGAGCACGUUAACCCGGUCAACAGCCGCGCUUCGAAUGCUUUCACAUCUUCUUGCAACCGACACCCCGCGAGCAGCUCUCGCUUCAGCACAUGGAACGGCAAGGAUGGCCUCAUGAUCGCCUUGGACGAACUCGAGCAGGAGCUUGCUCGUACCAUGGUUGCUCUAUCGACGUCGGCGAACAACACGCCUGUUUCAAGCGUCUCCAAGGCACGCGGCAAGAGCAUGCGGAGGCCUCACACUACGGAUACAGUCAUGGCUUCGAGCUCGGCCAAGAGCCUCGGGCUUGCUCGCGGUGCUCAUAUUUGUGACUCUUCUUCGAGUGUCUCUACCGCGUCACAGGCUCGGUUCCAGCGCGAAUCCUGGAUGUCGUCGACGUCGGACUGCGAUGAGGACGUGCUCAGCUACGCGAGUCGACCCAUCCGCUUCUCUGCGUCGGACCUCACUCUGCUCUCGGACCCUGCUGAGCUGUCGAAGCGAUCUGAUGCGGACCGCGAAGCAGAACGUCCGAGCUCGCACGCCGAGUCCGACAGCCUCUCAGUGCCGGCGCUGGUGUUCGAUGGACGCCUUUCUGGCUCGUCUGUUUCGUCUUCGGGAGUUGACUGUUUCCAAGAAGCACCCAGCCGUCCGGACAGCUUUGUCACCGCCGACAACGGGCACGUUUCCCUUCUGACGUGUUCUGCGUCGAUUAAGAGUCGAGCUCGACCGAGCACCGCGCGAGCCUCAUCGCCGCAAAGGACGAGUUUCUAUGAGUCCAACAAGGGCGUACGCUCGACGCCGUUGCUGGCGAGCGAGCCACCUCGCAUUCCCCUGCCGCCGCUGCCCAGCCUGCCUUCCGGUCUGAGCAGCCUGCUCGCAAGUCCUAUGGUCGCGCCGCCUCGACCACCCAAAUCGUUGGCGAGGAGGCCGACAUCUUCGCACGGCAACUGCCCCGUGCCUUUCCUCCACAAACCCCUCCCUUCGCUGCCUUGCUAA